AUGAGCAUCAGUUAUGGUAUGUCGAAGGUGGAGAAAAUAAUGCUCAAGUUCAGGCCGAUCGCGCCAAAGCCUCUAGCUGCUGGAUCUGGUUCUAGUUCCUCUACGAUGGAGAACAGCGAUGGUUAUGGAGGAACUCGACGACGUAAGAGAAAGUAUGUUCGGGUUAACGGCAACAAAGCGAAGAAGGAUACAAGUACGGUUUCGAAGAAACGAAAGGCUUCAACGUCUUUGCCUUCAAUAGUUUCUGGUGGUGGAGACGCGGUGGUGACGUUGUCCUUGAUGUCGGAGACGCCGGAUUGGAAGGAGAAGUCACCGGCCAGGAGUUCAUCAACCAAAAAUCAAGAUAUGAUCAUAUCUCCGUCCCCCAUAGUAGUAAACCGUAACAAACUUGUACCGAUCUGUUUUGAUGGUCACGUGCGAGGAACGGAGAGGCACUUGGUUCCUGUCACCGAUCAUUCUGUUGCGAUGGCAUCACCUCUACCACUACGAUCGCAAGUUGUUUCCUUCGUGACGAUGGAAAGCGUGACGGAGGAGUGGCUGAACGGUGACGGAUUAGGAUUUACAGACGAAGCGAGGGUGAUGAGCAUGGAGACAGAUGCGUGCCCGUCAUUCAUCACGAACAGCCGUGACAUGGUGGUGUGGACGAAUAAGGCAUAUAGUGAGAUGACGGCCGGUGGUGUUGGAGACGAGACGGUGGUGGUGGUGAAGAAAUAUAAUCGGGUAGCGAUGCCGGUGUCUCUUCCGUCAUUUACGUGCAAGGUGAAGGUCACGUGGGGUACUGAAAAAACUUCGUCUUCUUCCAACGUCACGGCGCCGUGCGACGUGUGGCGGUUGCAGAACGGUGGUUAUGCAUGGCGGUUAGAUGUUAAAGCAACACUGUCUUUGCGCCGCUAA